AUGAACAAGACAUCUCACACCGACGAGCCCCUCGAGGGUGACGGCUACAACCAGAGCCCCAAUCCAAACUCCAACGACCUGACCACCAACGAGGACUUCAACGGUCUCGUCAACAGUCGGGUCAUGCGAGAAAGCGACUCCCAGGCACUGCCAAACGUGGCCUCGAACGUCCCAGGGCAAAUAGCCAGCGAUGCUCCUACCGAAAACGACGGUCGCGGCAGCACGCUGGGGCAGCGCGUCAGGAAGAUGCUCGCUACCUUUGGCUCCUUCGUCGGGCCAGGCUUUAUGAUUUCAGUUGCCUACAUUGACCCGGGCAAUUACUCGACCGACAUCGCCGCAGGAGCCUCGUACCGCUUCCGCCUGUUGUUCAUCGUCCUCCUCUCCAACCUGUUUGCCAUUUUCCUCCAGAGCCUAGCAAUCAAGCUCGGUACCGUCAGUGGUCUGAACCUCGCCGAGGCAUGUCGCGCGUUUCUCCCGCGAUGGCUCAACUACAUUCUGUAUGUCGUUGCCGAGGCUGCCAUCAUUGCCACAGAUAUAGCAGAGGUGAUUGGAUUUGCCAUUGCAUUGAACAUUCUGAUCCCCCAGGUACCGCUGGUCGCGGGAUGCGCCAUUUCCAUCAUCGACGUCAUGGUAAUCCUGUUCUUCUACCGCCCAGAAGGAUCCAUGAAGAGCCUACGGUACUUUGAAAUGUUUAUCAUGUUCUUGGUUGUCGCCGUGGUCGUUUGCUUUUGCGUCCAGCUGUCUCUGAUCCAUGCCACCACCCCCGGGGAAGUCUUCAAGGGUUAUCUUCCGUCAAACUCUCUUAUAGAAUCGGAAGCUAUCUACCAGGCGUGCGGAAUUCUCGGCGCAACAGUCAUGCCUCACAGUCUGUACUUAGGGUCGGGCAUUGUUCAACCCCGACUACGCGAAUACGAUGAGCGAAAUAGGCUCUUGCCUCGUCAGAUUACGUCGCGAUAUUCGGUUCUAGAUGAUGGUAUCGACAAAGGCUACUAUGUCCCAUCCUUGGGCGCAAUUAAGCACUCGCUCACGGUUUCGGUUUUUGAGUUGUCCAUUUCGCUCUUCACAUUCGCCCUCUUUGUCAACUCCGCCAUUCUCAUCGUUGCCGGUGCCUCGCUGUACAAUAAUCCAAAUGCCCUCGACGCCGACAUCUUUGGCAUUCACGAUUUGCUCUCCAAGUCUAUCUCGCCAGCGGCGGGUAUUAUAUUCGCUCUAGCAUUGCUCCUGUCGGGAGUCUCGGCGGGAAUCGUAUGCACGAUCGCCGGCCAGAUGGUCAGCGAGGGCGCGCUGAACUGGAAGAUCAAGCCAUGGAUGCGGCGCCUCAUAACCCGAAGCAUCAGCAUAACACCGAGCAUCAUCAUCGCAGGAGCCGUGGGUCGCUCUGGGCUCAAUGCAGCGCUCAAUGGGUCACAAGUGGCGCUGAGCAUCAUAUUGCCGUUUGUUACCGCGCCGCUCAUCUACUUUACUUGCCGCGAUAAAUACAUGACGGCUCACCCGGGCAGAGCGCGCUGGCGCAUGGUGGGCAAGGAUGACGAGAGCGAGGUGGACCAGGUCGUUGGAGACGGAGCCGAGCUCGAAUGUGAAGGUAUCAAGAUGACCAACUCGUGGUAUACAGCGAUUCUGGCCGUCUUGAUUUGGCUCUUCAUGUCAAUCAUGAACGUGGCUAACCUAGUGUUCCUAGGAAAGUAA